AUGCCCUGGCCCGGCGCUGGCCCUCCUGGCUUGCUGGCCCUGGUGGCCCCGGGGCUGGCGCUGCUGGCUCACCUCUCCUUCCCCACGCAGGCGGGCCCCAGCCCCGCGCAGGGCGCCUCGGGCAGGACGCUCAUCCUGCUGGACGUGAGCGCCAGGAGCCCCCUGCGCCUCACCAGCCCCAACUUCCUCUCGCUCCAGCUCGACCCCUCCAUCCUCCACGACGGCUGGCUGGACUUUCGCAGCUCCCGGCGCCUGGUGACCUUGGCCCGUGGCCUGGCGCCCGCCUUCCUCCGCUUCGCCGGCAAGAGGACCGACUUCGUGCAGUUCCAGAACGUGAAGAACCCGGCCAAGAGCCGCGGCGGCCCCGGCCCCGACUACUACCUCAAGAACUACGAGGACGACAUCAUUCGCAGUGAUAUUGCCUUGGAUAAGCAGAAAGGCUGCAAGAUCGCCCAGCACCCAGACAUCAUGUUAGAGCUGCAGAGGGAAAAGGCAGCUCAGAUGCACCUGGUUCUCCUCAAGGAGCAGUUCUCCAACACCUACACCAAUCUCACACUAACAGUGUUUGUGGUCCCUCAGACCAGACUGCGGAUGCGCCCGCUUCAACUCUGGUUCCUCCACAACUUCGAUUCUCAGAAAAGUCACUGGAGCAUGAUGUUUGCCAUUCCACCUCUGGUGCUCAGCAGCCUGACCUGA